UGUAAUUCGUUGUGGCUGGAGAUGUUUGGGAUCGGACUGUGCCGGGGGGCGUGGGGGGGAAACUGUCCAGAUUAUUUUAUUGAAUGGAAAGGACGUCUAUUUUAAGAUUGGUAAAUUGUAAAGAUGCGCAUCUCUCACCUUUGCAAUGGAAUGCAGGUGAAAUUCUGUGCCAUGCAAAUACAUAACAACGCCCAGAACAACAAGAACAGACAAUGCCAUUUGAUACUGCUUUAAUCUUGGAUUGCAGUUGCCUGCAAGUGUAUCUGUUUGUCUCUUCCUCAUCUCCUGCUAUCCUCUCAUCCUAGUCUGCAGUUCACAGGUGAAAACUCAACAACAGCAGAACAUUGAGAGUUCUUAUUGAUCUCCAAGGUAUUCCUGCAAGCAAUUUGGCAGAAAAAUCAUGGAUUAAAAAAUAUAAAAGCUUUGAAUUUUCUUUGAACUCCUUUACAUUAGAUAUUUUAAUUGAAGGUGGAGAAAGGAUUGUUUGGCUGAGAGUGAAGAAUCAUCCAGAAAUACUAUUAAUUUGCUGAAUCUUAGCAAUCAUGUCACUGGAAGCUGUUUUCAAAGCUGUCACUGACGCUCCUGGAAUUCUGAUCUGGAGAAUUGAGAAAAUGGAGUUGGUGCCUGUCCCUCAGAAGGUUUAUGGCAACUUUUUUGGUGGUGAUUGUUACAUCCUCCUGGUGACCCAGAAUGUUGGCAGUGCUUUAAAGCGUGAUAUCCAUUACUGGAUUGGGCUGGACUCGUCACAGGACGAGCAGGGCCUGGCUGCACUCUACACCGUACAGCUGGAUGACUACCUCAAUGGAAGUCCAGUGCAGCAUCGAGAAGUCCAGGGGCAUGAGUCAGAAACCUUCAAGGGUUACUUCAGAAAUGGGAUCAUCUACAAGAAAGGGGGAGUGGCCUCUGGUAUGAAGCACGUAGAAACCAACAUUUACAAUGUGCAACGUCUCCUCCAUGUGAAAGGAAAAAAGAAUGUCACAGCUACUGAGGUUAAAAUGAAUUGGGAUAGUUUCAGCUUGGGUGAUGUAUUUCUUCUAGAUGUCGGCAAAAUUAUCAUUCAGUGGAAUGGGCCAGAGAGUAAUCAAAUGGAACGGCUAAAGGGCAUCCAACUCGCUAAGGACAUUCGAGAUCGGGAGCGAGGUGGACGUGCAGGGAUUGGAAUAAUUGAAGGCAUCCAGGAACAGGAUUCUCCUGAGCUGAUGAAGGUUUUAGUAAAGUUUCUCGGAGAAAGGACUAAGAGAAUUAAACCAUCAACAUCUGAUGAGAAAGCAGAUCAGCAGCAGAAAGCCAAACUUACCCUCCACCAUGUUUCAGAUGCUGGUGGAAAAAUGAAGGUCACAGAAAUUGCCACUCGGCCUCUCAUCCAGGACAUGCUAGAUCACAAUAGUUGCUUCAUUCUAGACCAAGGUGGAACCAAGAUUUAUGUCUGGAAAGGAAAACAAGCUACAAAGAUGGAAAAACAGGCUGCAACAUCUGGAGCUCUGGAGUUUAUGAAGUUGAAUGGAUACCCAAACACUACUAACAUCGAGAUCAUCAAUGACGGAGCUGAGUCAGCCAUGUUCAAACAGCUCUUCAAGAAAUGGACAGUGAAGGGGCAGACAGUAGGUUUAGGGAAGACGCACACAGUUGGUAAAGUUGCCAAGAUUAGCCGAGAGAACUUUGAUGCCACCCAAAUGCAUGCCACUCCAAAGGUGGCAGCUCAAGAGAGGAUGGUUGAUGAUGGCACAGGGAAAACUGAGGUUUGGAGGGUAGAGGACCUUGAACUGGUUCCUGUGGAUCCAAAGACAUAUGGAUUUUUCUAUGGUGGUGACUGCUAUCUGAUCCUGUACACAUAUCUAGUGAACAGGAAGGAGCAUUUUAUCCUCUAUAUUUGGCAGGGUCGUCAUGCCACCCAAGAUGAACUGACUGCCUCAGCCUAUCAGGCAGUCCAGCUUGAUCAAAAGUUUGGCAAUAGACCAGUGCAGGUUCGGCUCACUAUGGGGAAGGAGUCACGGCACUUCAUGAGCAUCUUCAAGGGCAGACUGAUCAUCUUCGAAGGUGGCACCUCGAGGAAGAGCAGGAAACAAGAAGAGCCGCCCGUCCGACUCUUUCAGAUUCACAGCUAUGAUGAGUUUAGUACCAAAGCGAUCGAGGUCCCACCCUACGCUUCAUCCUUCAACUCAAAUGAUGUUUUUCUUCUAACGACCAAAACAAUUUGCUACCUGUGGUUUGGGAAGGGAUCCAGUGGGGAUGAACGUGAAAUGGCAAAGGAAUUGGCUGCCAUUGUUCCCAAUGGAAACAAGGCCAUUGUUGCUGAGGGCCAAGAACCAGUGGAAUUUUGGGAAGCACUUGGUGGAAAGGCAGCUUAUGCAAAUGACAAGAGGCUACAAGAGGAAAAUACCGAUUAUCAGUCCCGUCUCUUUGAAUGCUCCAACAAAACGGGGCGAUUCACCGCAAGCGAGAUCCCAAAUUUCACUCAGGAUGACCUCAGUGAAGAUGAUGUCAUGCUCCUGGAUACAUGGGAUCAGAUUUUCCUAUGGAUCGGCAAAAAUGCAAAUGAAAGUGAAAAGAAGAAGUCCUUGACAACAGUGCAGAAGUACCUGAAGACUCACCCCAGCGACCGGGAUAUCGACACCCCCAUAAUCAUCAUCAGACAGGGCUUUGAACCACCAACGUUCACUGGCUGGUUUGUGGGAUGGGACACUAGCAAAUGGAGUGGUGGUAAAACUUAUGAACAAAUGAAGAGAGAGCUUGGAGACGCUGUGGCAAUUGUCCAGGUCACAUCUGAUUUAGCUGAGAUGGACUUGGACUGUGCAUCCACCCACAAGCGCUAUCCACCAGGAGUACUGAUUAACAAAGAAAGUUGUGAAUUGCCUGAAGAUGUCGACCCAGCCAGAAAAGAGGACUUCCUGACAGACCAAGAUUUCAAACUGGUUUUUGGCCUGUCAAGAGAUGUGUUUGUUGCAAUGCCCAGCUGGAAACAGGUAAACUUGAAGAAGUCAAAAGGAAUGUUCUAAAAGAUGGAGAACUGGAUAACAUUUGCUGUGCCACUUCUGCAUCUGCCAACUGGAUCAUGAGUUACUGCACUGAAACUUCCUCUCGCUUUAGUUUAGGGAAUUUCUCCAAACCACCCAACUGUCCAGGAAAGGAAACAAACACCAUCUACUCUGCAAAGCGUUCAAUAGAAACUCUACCUCCAAUUAUAAAGCAAAUAUUAACCCUUUUCAUUUACUUAAAGUUACCCAAGCUGUUGUAUCAUAAAGGAGGACCAUGGAAUAACACAGCAGCCCCACCUAGCUCCACAUCCAUGACGGCCCUUUCUUCCCAAAUAUUGAACUCCCCUUUAAAUUCUAUCAAAUCUCCAUUUAAGGCCUUCUGCAGGAAUACAUAUCCUGGCAUGAAGAAUUCUUUUAGCCCACUUGAUUCUCGUUAAGAUUCUGUCUCCCUAAUCGAGGAAUGUCAUUCCAGCAACUUGUCUGUUGUUCCUGUUUUAUCCCCUUUGACCCUCACCAACAUUUACUGAUGCACCAUAGAAAGCAUCCUAUCCAGAUGCAUCACAGCUUGGGACGGCAACUGCUCUGCCCAGGACCGCAAGAAACUGCAGAGAGUUGUGGACACAGCUCAGCGCAUUACUGAAAGCAGCCUCCCCUCCAUGGACUCUGUCUUUACCUCUCGCUGUCUUGGUGUAGCAGCCGGCACAAUCAAAGACCCCACCCACCCCAGGACAUUCUCUCCACUUCCAUCGGGUAGAAGAUACAGGUGCCUGAGGGCACGUCCCACCAGACUUAAGGACAGCUUCUACCCCACUGUGAUAAGACUAUUGAACAGUUCCCUUUUUAUACAAUAAGAUGGACCAUGACCUCACAAUCGACUUUGUUGUGACAUUGCACUUAUUGCACUGCGCUUUGUCUGUAGCUGUGACACUUUUAUUGUUUUUACCUGUACUAUAUCAAUGUACUCUGUACUAACUCAAUGUAACUGCACUGUGUAAUGAACUGACCUGUACAAUCAGUAUGCAAGACAGGUUUUUCACUGUACCUUGGUACAAGUGACAAUAAUAUACCAAUACCAAACCCCCUGUCAGAUAAUAAUGCCAAUUCAUUUUUCAGGAGCAGGGAAUGAUCUCUUGGAUUACAACACAAAAUAUUACUGAUGUCAAAUAAAUACAAUGUCAUGUCUUCCAUCUCUUGAAAUUCCUAAGCCUAAACUUUUGGUACAAAACCCUGAUCUAUACAAGUAAUGAUCUGUGGGAUUUGGACACCAGAAUCCAGGGUGACACUAGGUACAAUAGUGGGAGAGGUUGUUAAAGGCACUAUAUAAAUGCAAUUUCUUUCUUAUCUCCAUAAUAUUGUUUGACCCUUUCACCAUUUGUUGGGAUGUCAUUUUUUUUUAAGUGCAGAAACUUAAUUUCUGGAUUUGAAAAAAGCAUGUUUUGAGAAAGGCCUUUUGAACUAGUAGGAUCUAAUUGGGUAAUAAGGAGAGCAAGUGAUGAACAGGUCUGAAAACAAACAAUGAACGUAGACCAGCAGUGGCAAACAGCAACUGGUAGCUCAUCGUCAGCAAGCAGAAAGCUUGCAAUGUAGCUCAGCUUGCAGGCAACAAGUAGGUCACAAACUGUCUGCAGGCAGUCCACAGCCAGCUCGCGUGCAGAUGGUAGCCAGGUCAGAGCCAGCAGCCGGUUCGCAAAUGGUCCACAGACAGCUUGCAACAUAUUCUGCAGUGGCCCGUGUGCAGACAGCUCGCAAAUAGUCUGCAGCCAGCUCACGUGCAGAUGGUAGCCAGGUCAGAGCCAGCAGCCGGCUCGUAAAUGGUCCGCAGAUGGCAGCCAGCUCGCAUGCAGACAGCUUGCAACAUGGUCUGCAGUGGCCCACAUGCAGCCAGCUCGCAAAUAGUCUGCAGACAGUCAACAGGCAGCCCGUGUGCAGAUGGUGGCCAGGUUAGUGUUUGCAGCCAGUUUACUGUCCGAUCACCACUGUUCUCAAUUCUAGAAUUAAAAUCAUAACCUCAGGCUGCAGAUAUUUUUGCAUUUAUUUUGUCCCAAAUUCUGGUGAGGGGAAGAAUUUGGCAGUACAGCUCAGACCUUGGAGACUGUAACCCAUUUGAUUCAAAUUCUUAAAACUUCAAUUAAAUUGCCUUUCCUGAGAAAUUGAGCCAUUCUUUCUCACUCUUCCCUGAAUUACUGAAAUUUGCAAGGAGUGCAAGUUGCUCAUUAUGUUUGCCCCUGGAACCAGGCAGUUUCCCUCAAUUCAGUUAAAUAAUUUAAUCAUUUGGGUAUCUUUGGCUCAGACCCACCUACAAUGCCAUUUACAUUUUUGGAGAAAGUUAGCAGUUGCUUGAUUUUAAACAUGCAUUCAAAUGUUCAAUGAUGGACACGCAAGUUAAAGAGGCUCCAAGAGCAAUAAAUGUCGCAAAAAUGUUUUGGUUGUGGGAUUUUUCCUAAUGACACAAGAAACUGGCAGGCCUAAAACUUUAGAAUCUCUUGGAUUUUGUUACAACUGGAUUGGACAAUAAUGUUCUCAAACUCCUCUCAUUAUUCCAGAUGAAAUCUGACCAACAACUUAUACAGCAACAGUAGAACCUCUCCCAAUUUAUACACUCUCCCUUAUCCUAUGUAACGCACUUAACACUAACAUUAAGAGGCUGUUUGGUCCUGCACUGAGUGGAAUGGGUGAGCUUGGCAAUUGAAGUUGGAAAAAGCUGCAUAAACUGUGCUGACAGUUUUUUGCUCUGUUAGUUUCAAAUUCUAAACAUCAUAUUUCUUGCUAAAGCAACUUGUGUAUUUAUUAAAAAUUAGUCGACACCCAGCUUCUACCCCAGCACAUUGGGGAUGGGAUUUCAAAAAACUGUUUCCAUUGUGUCUUCACUCAUUAACAGUGGCAAAUAAAAAUUGUUUCAAAGCCAUCAAUUUGUCUGUGUUCACUCCACUGUAACUUAAACACUUAGCAGUUUUUGCACAGAUGUCAAUGUUGGACAAAUCUGAGCUGAGAGAUUUUUGGUCACAGGUUAUACACCUGGGUGUUAAUAUGGUGCUAAUUAAAGGUGGUUUUAAAUUUCUCUGGCAAAUGAUAACAUUCCUACUGCAUGUGUCAUUAACUAAACUCAGGGGUUGGGGGGGGGGUGGGGUUACUGC